AUGAAACUUUCUGCCCUCGCCUUGUGCGUGGCGGCACUGGCCACUACGGCCCGGGCAACCGCCGUCGCCGACCUUUCUGCCUGCGCGCAGGCAUGUCUUGAAGCCGCCCUCGUCUCUACUGGCUGCGAGGCCGAGUGUGACGGUGCAUGCGUGUGCAGCACCGACUUUACCACCAACGCAACCCCCUGUGUUCUGGCUUGUGGCAUUACCGACGCCUUGCAGGUUCUUGACGUGCAAAGCACUCAGUGCAGCAUGGGCACCAUCGAGACUUGCACAGCUGCCGCUACGUCAACCCAGGCGAGCGCGACUACCACUUCGUCAGCCGCGGCAGCCACGUCCUCGGGAUGCGCAGAGUACGUCGACACCUCCGCUCCUCUCUUCCUUGUUUCUGCCACUGACACCCGCCAGCGUCUCCACCCUCUCUACGUGCGCACAGACCUGUCUCGUCGGCGCUCUUACGACUGCUGGAUGCACUGGACCGUGUGA